UUGUUUUCCCACAUGCGAUCAGUCGGUGCUGGGGGCUGUAGCGGGAGCAGAGUGCUAGGACUAUUUCCAUGCAAUGUCGUUGUAGUUACAUGUCUAUUACUAUGUGGAUUGACUGAUUUAUCAUCAAAACUAGCUUAAAAGGCAAAGACUUACUGAAAAAGACGGUUACAUUUUUGCAGGCAUAAUUUCAAAGAAAUGGAUCCCAUAAGGAAGUGGACCCCUAAACAAGUUGUCGAUUGGAUGAGAGGCCUGGACGACAGCCUACAGCAGUAUGUCCCGUACUUUGAGCGGGAGAAGAUUGACGGGGAGCAGCUGUUGAAGAUCUCCCACCAGGACCUCCUAGAGCUGGGGAUGACCAGGAUCGGACACCAGGAACUGGUGCUGGAGGCUGUCGACCUGCUCUGUGCUCUGAACUACGGGGUGGAGACAGACAACCUGAAGACUCUGGUGGGUCGUAUGAGAGCGGCGUCCAACAACCUCCAGAACUCAGCGUCUGAGCGCAGGAAGAACCCGUCGUACGAGAGGCAAAACUCCCACAAACCCCCCAACGACUUCCUCACUGCCGUGGUGGAGCUAAUCGGAGCCGCCAAGUGUCUGCUGGCCUGGCUGGACAGGACUCCUUUGACAGGGAUCAGUGACUUCACCUCCACUAAGAACCGGAUCAUUCAGCUGUGUCUGGAGCUCACCUCCACUGUUCAGAAGGACUGCACAGUUUAUGAGAUGGAGGAGAAGAUACUACAAGUAUCUGUGGCUCUGAACGUAAUCUGUGAGCAGACAAUGAGGAUGACCUCCGACCCUCAGAAGAGUCAGUCGGCCUGUCUGGAGGAGGUCCACAUCACCAACGUCAGACCUGGAGAAGGACUGGGGAUGUAUAUCAAAUCCACCUACGACGGGCUUCACGUCAUCACUGGAACCACUGAACAUUCUCCGGCAGACAGAACACACAGGAUCCAUGCUGGAGACGAGGUCAUCCAGGUCAACAAGCAGACAGUGGUGGGCUGGCAGCUGAAGAACCUGGUGGGUAAGCUGAAGGCGGACACCGCCGGCGUUAGUCUGGUGGUGAAGAAGAGGCCCUCGGGUACCUGUAGCUUCACCCCGGCCCCCCUAAAGAACAUGCGCUGGAGGCCCCCCCUGGUGCAGAGUGCCCCCAGUAUGCCCAAGAUCCAGUCUCCAAAACAUGCCCCCUCUGAAGCCCUCAUGAAGAAAGAGAAGCAGACCAAUCUGGACCUGUUUAUCCCUCCUCCCCCCACUGUCCCAUACACCCCGCGGGAUGGGAAGUCUAAAGUGAUUGUGAAGGUCCAACUGAGACCAAAGGGUUCUCAGUCUCCUAACUCCUUCCUGGAUGAGGGUAGACGACGCUUCACCAUCGCAGACUAUGACAACAAGAUCAAAGUCUGUCCUCCCCCUGAGCCCAACAUCCAACCAGCCCCAGUAGCCCGCCUGAGACAACGGACCUCCACAAGGGGUAAACAGCGGCCCCUGUCCAUGCCUGUAGACUCGUGUUUGGGCAUGUCGGAUUCGUCCUCCAGACCCUGCCCUCAAGGGAGGAAAGGAGAGGACAUCCUCCACAGAUACCUGAGUAACGAGCGGAUCGCAUCCAUCUCUGAGGAGGCCCCGUACUUUCCCCUACCCUACAGACCCCUGGAGGGGCGGUCUGGCCAGCUGAUCCAUGGCGUCGACCACAUUAGGGGCUCCCAGUGCUUCAUCAAUGCUGACCUGCACAACAGCACCACCAUCCCAUACCGGGAGGCAUCAUCCAAAAAUUCCCCAGCUACGACUGUGAUCCCUGCUGCUGCUACUCCCAAACAUCCUCCUUCGGAACCCACUUCGAUCCUGGGGGGCUGGCUAGCCCGCCUCAGGCUGCUGAGUCAUUGACGAGUGCCUCGACCCAGUGGAACAUGUCGUCCCCCCCCCACCGUGCCUUUACCUUGCUAUCAUCGAAUAAUGGUCUGGCUACUCUACUCAGUAUUCCGACUUACAGGUACCAAACCUGGAACAUUCUGUUGGAACUUGGAGCGCUAAGCAGCCUUUGGAAGCUCUGACGGAAGGUCUUGCUUAAUUUCAACACCACAUAAUGUAGUGGUAGACCAUUUGGUUGGAUCUCUUGCUACAUUUGAACUCCUCGGGGUGACACAUUUUUCGUUUAGAUUCAAAAUGCUGACAGAUUCUGACAGUGUUCCAUCUUUUGUGGAGGGAUUAAAGAAAAUGCCAAGUAUAAAGAAGUAUUAUAGAAAACAGUGGAGCUUCUGUUUCUGCUCAUUCUCCUUAUCAUGAGAAGGAUUAUAAUUCAGGUUUAGGAAACGUUUGCCUUGCUUCUGUAGGUGAACUCUCCUAUGUGUAAACUGUUAAGUUAUUUAGUUUGUGUCUGUCUAGAGACUUCUUGUAAAUAUGUUUAGAUCUUUUUCAGAAGUUGAUUUGAUUUCAGUUGGAAGUUGAUAUAGAUACAAUGCCUAUCAUUUUUAUUGGAGCUAGUGUGCUUCUCUCUUCAUAGUGUUCCAUGUUAUUAUGCGCUGGAAAUGACUGCCAGAGUUGGCCUUUUUUUAAGCUACCGUGUGUCCAGUGCUGUAACAAACCGUGUCAGUGUGUGUGUGUGUGUGUGUUUGUGUGUGUGUGUGAGUGAGUGUCAGUGAGUGUGUGUGUGUGUGUGUGUGUGUGUGUGUGUGUGUGUGUGUGUGUGUGUGUGUGUGUGUGUGUGUGUGUGUGUGUGUGUGUGUGUGUGUGUCCGUGCGUGUGUGUGUGUGAGUGAGUGAGCGUCCGUGCGUGUGUGUGUGUGUGUGUGUGAGUGAGCGUCCGUGCGUGUUGUGGGUGUGUGUGCGUGAGCGUCCGUGCGUGCGUGUGUGUGUGUGUGUGUGUGAGUGAGCGUCAGUGUGUGUGUGUGUGUGUGUGAGUGAGCGUGUGUGUGUGUGUGUGUGUGUGUGUGUGUGUGUGUGUGUGUGAGUGAGUGAGCGUCAGUGCGUGCAUAUUUUUGUGAAGUUCAGGUAACAUUUAAAAAACAUGUAACUACUUUAUCUCACUAACUGGUCCUCAAUAAAGCUGGUGUGAACAUUGAUGUGUUUCAACACUUACAGGGGCACUGUUUUGAAGCCACCGCACCUCCAUCUUGGCAUUCCUCCAAGGAAGAUAUGGAAAUGCAUUUAUUAAUGUCUACAUUUAGUUUUUACCACAUUUACUAUAUUACAGACACCUUAAUGCAGACAUCUAAAUUAUAUUAUAGGAGCUAAACAUAGAAAUAAAACAUUGAAACAUUGUAUUUUUUUAUACUUAAUUAAAUACAGUGCCUUGGUCCUUGAAACCUUUAAUUGCAAUACUGUAGAAUUCCGCCAAUUCCUAUGGAGGACUGCGCCUACUGGGGAGUGCCAAUAUGGCUGAAUGGUGGCUUCAAAGACUCUCAAUAGCCAAUACAUAGAAAACUCAAUCCAGGGUUUGUAUACAUCAUUGGGUGUGACUCACUGUGAAACCAGAACAUGAUGUCAUGACCAGGAAGACAGUGCCUUAGCAAGAGUAACCAUACAUAAUAAACAUAUGGAGCUGUGAAGCUUGUCUUAAAGGAGGAAAUCAGUGUGGUAAUUCCAAUAAAUGGGUCUCUUUAAUAUAUUUCUGCACCAUAGGACAAGUUUUACGCAUAAAUGUCUAGCAACUCACAAGACUUUGCAAGUGCUUUGCAAUAUGAAUACCUCUGUAAUAGUUUCAAAACUAUAAUAAAAACGUGCAAUUCA